AUGAAAAAAGAACAGCUCGACCAAAAAAAGAAACAAGAACUUAACACCGAAAAUAACAGAUUUGAAACACAAUCAGCGUCCAAAGAUUAUCGAGACACUGACAAAACCAGAGAUCCAGGCAUAGGCUCAUCAUAUAAUUCGACACACGUGAGUGGACAACAAAUUAAUGGAUUUUCAUCGACAUCAAAAUCUGCAAUAACACAUGAUCCUUCAGCGAGUGGUGGUGCUAGUCAGAAUGAUCAAGCUACGGGCGGUAAUAUCUCAGAGGAUAAAUGUCCGAUGUGUUUCAUGAUAUAUCCACCAACUAUGGAAGAAUACGAUCGACGUCGACAUGUCCAGGAACAUUUUAACGAUAAUUGA